GAGAGAGAGAGAGAGAGAGAGAGAGAGAGAAAGCAUCACUCGACCUUCUUCUUCUUCUUCCUCCUCUUCUUCCUCCGCGUGUGCGCGUCGCUGCUCGAGGGAGCGAAGAUCUCCUUGGAAAUAUCUAUUUUUUUGCUUUUCAUUUUUUUUUCUUCUCAUAUUUUUGGUCGCGCGCUUUCGGGGCGCGCGCGUGCGUGUGUGCGUGAAUGGUGGACUUGGCCAACAUGGAGACGGUGGAAAAGGAAUGCGGGGCCCUCGGGGGUCUUUUCCAGGCCAUUGUCAACGACAUGAAGUGUUCCUAUCCAGUGUGGGAGGACUUCAGUGCAAAGGCCACCAAGCUCCAUUCACAGCUCAGAACUACGGUUUUGGCAGCGGUGGCUUUCCUGGAUGCUUUCCAGAAGGUGGCGGACAUGGCGACCAACACUAGAGGGGCGACCCGAGACAUCGGCUCGGCCUUGACCAGGAUGUGCAUGAGGCAUCGCAGCAUCGAGGCCAAACUGCGACAGUUCACCAACGCGUUGAUGGAGAGCCUGAUCACGCCUCUGCAGGACAAGAUCGAGGACUGGAAGAAGACGGCCAACCAGCUGGAUAAGGACCACGCCAAAGAGUACAAGCGUUCGCGACACGAGAUCAAGAAGAAGUCGUCAGACACCAUCAAGCUCCAGAAGAAAGCUCGCAAAGAGAUCCAGGGGCGCGGUGAUCUUCAGCCUCAGCUGGACAGCGCCAUGCAGGACGUGACCGACAUGUGCCUGCUCAUGGAGGAGAUGGAGAAGCAGGCCGUGCGGCGGGCGCUGGUGGAGGAACGGGGAAGAUUCUGCACCUUUAGCGCAUUCCUACAGCCUGUUGUGAACGGCGAAAUCGCCAUGUUGGGCGAGAUAACACACCUGCAGGCCAUCAUCGACGACCUCACCGUGCUCACCACGGACCCGCACAAGCUGCCCGCCGCCAGUGAACAGGUCAUCAAAGACCUUAAAGGGUCCGAUUACAGUUGGUCCUAUCAGACUCCGCCCUCCUCGCCCAGCAGUUCUAGCUCACGCAAGAGCAGCAUGUGCAGCAGCGUCAACAGCGCCCACAGUAGCGCCUCCCGCUCGUCCGGGGGCCCGGGCGGCGGAGGGGGCUCGCUGCCCCACUCACCCACUUCCUCUUCCUCGUCCUCGUAUCGCUACCGCAGCGGGCCGCCGUGCCAGCCGGCGGCGGGGAUCGCCGCCCACCGCCUCAGCAGCGUCUCCUCGCACGACUCGGGCUUCGUGUCUCAGGACGCUAACAUCUACUCCAAGCCGCCCUCGCCCAUGCCCUCAGACAUCACCAGUCAGAAAUCGUCCAGUUCGGCGUCGUCGGAGGCCUCCGAAACGUGUCAGUCGGUCAGCGAAUGCAACUCGCCCACUACUGAUUGGUCCAAAGCAGGUUCUUACGAGCAGCCCGCGGCGGCCGCCGUGGGUCCCGCGAGUUCCGGCGCGGUCGUCCAGAGGAGGAAGGAGCCGCCGCUCGAUAGGCUAAGGGAAAGCGAGGGUUCGCCCGUCGCGCAAGGGUACGCCGGCCCGUCCCACGGCGACGACGCCAGAGCCAGGGUGUCUUCUACUGCCAAGUACGGAGACGAGGCGACUCCGGCCGCGAGCGACCUGGCCAUGGUUCUGACCCGAGGCCUGAGCAACGAGCAGCAGAAAAGCAGCAGGGACAGUCUGCAGUACUCCAGCGGCUACAGCACCGAGACCACCACUCCUUCCUGCUCUGAGGACACCAUUCCUUCUCAGGGUUCUGAUUAUGACUGCUACUCAGUGAACGGCGACACGGAAGGCCCUGACGGUCAGGCGGACUUUGACAAGUCGUCCACCAUCCCCCGCCACUCCAACAUCGCCCAGAAUUACCGUCGCAUGAUUCAGACCAAGCGGCCCGCCAGCACGGCCGGUUUACCGAGCGGGGUCCUGGGCCCCGGGGGUCACGUCCUAACCCCCGGAGCAUCAGGCACCCCGGGAACCGCCACCAUCCGUAGAACGCCGUCCACCAAACCGGGCGUGAGGCGCACCCUUUCCAGCGCCGGCCCAAUUCCUAUCCGACCCCCCAUUGUGCCUGUCAAGACGCCCACCAUUCCUGGGGACUCCCACUCGCUCGGGGCUGCCGGGGCGCCGGUUCGAGUGGGAAGCGAGGAGUGCGUCUUCAUGGUGGACGACGCCCAGGGUGCACUGGAUUACGUGAAGGCGUCGCCCAAACGCCUCAGCCUCCCCAACACCGCAUGGGGUUCAGGGGCGGCUCUGGAGGUCUACGCCCAGCAACACGGGACCGAAGAGGAAAAGAUGAUCGCCGCUAACCGGCACAGCCUGGUGGAAAAGAUCGGCGAGCUGGUGGCCGGCGCCCACGCCCUGGGCGAAGGCCAGUUCCCUUUCCCCACCCUCUCGGAUGAUCCGACGCCUUCCGGCGCGGGGCCGGGCGACGCCCUCGAGGGUGCGGAGGGAUCAUCCGGCGACAUGCUGACCACCAUCAGAAGAGGAGUUCGACUCCGCAAAACCGUCUCCAACGACCGCUCGGCACCGCGAAUCUUGUGAUCGGCGUCGCGUAAAACUCGUAGGGAAACGUCAUUCUCGAAUGAAAACAUACACAAACCGUAAAAAGACGCCGUUAGAGCCGACGCUAUAAAAUAUUAACACGUUAGCGCCAUAAAUCGUGUGUGUUGGACGCAUGUUUCUCUUCUCUACGUUUGUUUGGAGAUCCAGUUGAGCAUUUAUUUCAUGUCCUUCAUAUCCAGCUUACUAGUCUUUGACGGAAUUGUCUUACCAGUGACCACAGAGAGCUUUCCGUAGUCGCCCUCUAGUGGGGACUCCCUAAAAAAACUGAAGUUAGACGGUCCCGGCGCGGGUACGAAACUCACGCGACCGUGUCUUUUCGGCUCGAGUGAAAUUCGGGCACCGGCGCGGCGAGCUAACAUUGUGUUGGCAUUGAACCGCACCGGUGACCCCCGACACCCCCGUUUCUGUGUGCGUGCGCCACUGCUGGACAGCCGGCGAGCCAAUGAGGCGCCUCGUCUCGCGUGUCUCGUGUUCUUUCUUUUCGGUUUCUAUCGUGACGUCGUUCUCUCUGUGCGCCGCCUCGGGAGGUCAAGUGGAAAAAAGCGAGCGGUUGUUACAGAUACAUUCAUAUAUAUACUAUAUAUAUAAUAUACAUAUAUAUUUUCUAGAAGCAGAGAGAAGUCCGAAACGCAGCAAUAAGUGUGUUUUAUUUUCUUGCUCGGCGGGAGAAAUGGCGGCAGAAGAGCUCGCGGUGUGCGUUGAGAAGAAGAAGAAUUGAGAGGAAGUGACGGAUGGCUGUGGUAACAUAGGAGAUUAAGCUAAUAAGCUAAUGUCCGCUAAAAGUUUUAGUCAUGUACAAAAAUGUAUUUGUGAGAAUAACAUCAUUCAGCACACGUGUUGUUACUUGUAUUAAAAAAAAAAAAAAAAAAAAAAAAAAAUGGAGUGCAGGUUACGAUAGGAGUACUGGUACUUGCCCAAAAGUUCAAAAACAGAAAUCUAAUUACAUGUUGCUUAUGAAGGAAAAAACUGCUGUAAAUCAUCCUCGAUUUACGCAAGCUAGCACACAAAGUACACAGAUGUUAAAAUCCCAGGAAUUUAUAGGAGUAAUACUGUGAAUAUACCUCCGUGAAGUUGGCCCCCUAAUCAGACGCCGAUUUGUAUUAAAAUGACGUCAAUUGUUUGUGCUAGGUUUGUGCUAUAAAAAGUUUCGUUUGUGCGGCUACAAGCACGAGCAAAAAGUAUGGAAUUACCAAUCUCGGACGAGAGAUUUUGUUAUGUAGAACAAACUCAGAUAAAAAGCUUGAAAAAAUAAUGAAUUAGUUCAAAAGUGCAACUCUUUAGCAUUCGGGAACACUAAAAGAAAUGAAUACAAAAUAUUGUGGUGGUCAGUAAAUGUUAGCUUUAUAAAGCAAGUGCAGGGAAAUAUGGGGUGACACAAAAAAAAUGGGACCCAACUCUAAUUAGGCCCCGUUUCUUAGUGUUUUGUCCGAAUGAAAUGAAACUUUGGUCAUAACUAGUUUAUUAUAUUCAAAACAUCAUAUCAAAACACUAGGAUCUUUGGCCUUUUUUUAAUCUCCGUUCUACAGCAUAUGUUCUAGAUGACCUCCAUUUAGCUCCAUGCAUUUCUUGAGGCGCAGCACGAAGUUGUCCAUGACAUUCUUACAGACUGAAUUGGUAAUGGCUCUCAUCUCCUCCCUGAUGGCUUUCUUGAGUUCCGUGAUGGUUCUGGGUUUCCCUGCACAUACUCUGUCCUUAAGAUAGCCCCAAAGAAAAAAAUCUGGGGGGCUUAGGUCCGGGCUAUGGGGUGCCCCAUAAAAAUCAGUCUUGAGACUGAUCACUCAGCCUCCGAAGUUCUCUUUCAGCCAAUCUCGGGACAGGUUUGAGGUGUGAGAACUUGCUCCGUCUUGCUGGAACCAGAACUUGCUCAUGAGCGACGGGUAGAUGGUCUGGAGCUCAUUCUUGAAGGUUUUGAGGACCUCCACAUACCGCUCCUUGGUGACUGUCACUGCUGCGCCAGAUUCUUCGAUGAAGAUUGGUCCAAUGAUGCCUCUGGCCAAGAUUGCAGCCCACACUGUGCACUUAGGAGAGUGCAGGGGCUUGGUGGCUACUUCAUUGGAUCUGGAGGACCCCCAGAAGACAUUUGUCUUGGAGUUCGCCUUUCCAUCAAGAUGGAAGUGGGCUUCAUCUGAGGUCCAAAGGAGGUUAAGGAAACUUGGUGUCUCCUCGAUCUUCUCGAGGAUCUUGACUGCCAUAGCCCUCCUCUGCUUCUUGUCUGAGGCUGUAAGGGUCUGCAGCGUCUGUAUUCUGUAUGGGUAAGCCCUGAUAUCGUUCACCAGCACUCUCCUGCAAGUCUCAUACCGAGGGACUGACUUCGCUUACGCACAGAGCGUUUCGGACUCUGCUGGAGAGACUCUCUCACUCUUUCAACCAGCUAGGCUGUUCACUUCUUGGGACGUCCUUAGUGGCUUGGACGGUUCUCACUGGCAGCGUUGAGGUUCUCCACGGUCCCAUACUUCUCGAAGUGGUCCACCCAGUUCUGAAUUCUGCUUUUGGAUGGGGCCUUUUCACAUUCGAACUGACGCAUGAAACUGUCCUGGGUUUUAUUAAACGAGCCUGUCUUGUAGUAAAAUUUAACACAGUGUGUUCUUUGUCCCAGCUCCCACUGGGGUCUUGGUGUACUCACGGUCGUUGAUUCUGCCAUGUCCUGUAAAAUAAGGGCAAUCGGUGAAUAAAUAAAGGAGAGAGUGGGGCCCGUUUUUUUUGGGUCACCCGUAUAUAUGGAAUCACUCCAUUCUGAGGAAAAAAAUAUGGAAUCAUGAGAAACAAACAAAUAAUAAUCAAAGCAUAUUUCUAGUAUUUAGUAGCGUCACCUCUGGCUUUUAUGACAGCUUGAAGUCUCUGGGGCAUGGACUUAUGUUUUCCGAAAUUUCUAGGUUCGCGGUGAAUUAGUAAUAGGCACACUUUUGCUCAAUAGAAAAUGUUUAUUGAUUAGAAAAUGCAGAAUAAAUCCCACAAGAGCAAGCAACAAGCAUAACAAGGGUAACGAUGACGCUAGAUUUGAGUUUGUCAAUCCCAGAUUCCCCGCGCUACGUUACAGCACAACCAGGUGUCCCUUAGCAAUGAAAAUCGCUUACCGUGACAAAUAAGCGGGAGCCAACGCCCCGGUAAGGCGGCGAAGGAACAAAGCCAGGCGAUCCGUACGUGACCGGCUGGCGGACAUCACUGGUCGCCCGGAAAUGCCCGGUUUUUGUAGGAACGCGGCACACGGGGGCGGAGACAGCCAACCUCCGCUCCCAGGUGGCGCGGCCCCGUCCAAUGACGAAAAAACAAUAGAAGUUGUUACAAUCUAGGUCACAGAAGCAAUCGUACAUCACCAAGGCAUAAUGUAAUAUUUUCCCCCAUCAACUUGAUUAGUAUUUUUCAUCAAUUUGGUUCCAUCUCUCUUUGAUUCCAGUUGCCAGAUCAUUUUUCAUCAUCAUUUUUUUCAAUUUCCACCACAGAUUUUCAAUAGCGGUGAGAGCUGAGCUAUUUGCAGGCCAUGACACUGAUUGGAUGAGUCUUUCUCCAAGGAAUGCUUUACCAGUUUUAGCCCUGUGGCAUGAUGCAUUGUCAUCUCGGAAAACAUAUUUUCAAUUGAAGGGAUAAGAAAGCUGUCUAAAAUUUCAACGUAAACUUGUGCAUUUAUUGAAGAUUUAACCACAGCCACCUCCCCAGUACCUUUGCCUGACAUGCAGACCCAUAUCAUCAAGGACUGGGGGAAUUUUGAUGUUUUCUUCAGGCAGUCAUCGUUGUAAAUCUCACUGGAACAGCACCAAACAAAAGUUCCAGCAUCAUCUCCUUGUCAAGAGUCAAGAUUCUGCAUUGGAAAAGGUGUCAAGAGUCAAAUAUCUGCAUCGGACAAGGCUGGAACAUUUGUUUGGUGCUGUUCCAGUGAGAUUUACAAAGAUGACUGCCUGAAGAAAACUGCUAUUUUGCAUGUUGUCCAACUUCAAAAUCAUGGAGGGGUCUGAAGUUUUCACCAUAGACUUCAUAACGUAUUGACAGGACGGGGGCCCGAUUCAUAGGGGGGUGGGGGGGGGGGCUAUCUCCGUCAAAGCUGACCGAGUGGAAACACAAAGAGCUUUUUGCGUUGAAAAUUCUUGUGAAUAAAUGCUUAAAUUCCUGAAUUCUUUAUGGAUUUAGACAUAAAACAGUCUCGAUUCUUGGUUAAAAGAAAGAAAAAAACGUGCAGGUAGCAUUUAUUUUACGUAGAUCUUGCAAACUAUGAGGCUAGUCUGUAUGGAAAUUAGCGUCCGCCAAGUGUAAACAAAGAGCUUUUACCGUUGAAAAUUCUUGUGAAUAAAUGCUUAAAUUCCUGAAUUCUUUAUAGAUAUAGACGUAAAACAGUCUCGAUUCUUGGUUGAAAGAAGAAAAAAACGUGCAGGUAGCAUUUAUUUUACGUAAAUAUCGCAAACUAUGAGGCUAGUCAGUAAGGAAAUUAGCAGCCGCCAUGUGUAAACAACAGAAAGUGACCUGUACAUGGCCAAAAAAAAUCAACGGAAAGUGACGUGAAAAUGACCGAAAAAUCAACAGGAAGUGACUUGUAAAUGGCCCUAAAAUCCAACAGGAGGUGACCUGUAUAUGUACAAAAAAUCAACAGGAAGUGACCUGUAUAUGACCCCAAAAAAAUCAACAGAAAGUGACCUGUACAUGACCAAAAAAAAAAUCCAACAAGAAGUGACCUGUAAGUGCCCCAAAAAUCCAACAGAAAGUGACCUGUAAAUGGCCCAAAAAUCCUACAGGAAGUGAUCUGUAUAUGCCCAAAAAAAAAAUCAACAGGAAGUGACCUGUAUGUGUCCCCAAAAUCAACAGGAAGUGACCUGUAAAUGCCCCCCAAAUCCAAUAGGAAGUGAUCUGUAAUUGCCCCAAAA